GCAUCCUCUUCUUCUCCACCAAGCUACAGUACAAAAAGCGAAAGCAGGAGGCCUAUCCUGCUUUUUCAUGAUUCCAUCCCUCGUUCGCUUGGCUACUCGACCGACAAUGACACAGUACACCAUCAAAGCCGUGAGCGAUAUCGUCUGCCCGUUCUGCUAUCUGGGCUCUGUCAAGCUCAACAAGGCCAUCGAGGCGCAUCGCUCCAAGUAUCCACAGGACACAUUUUCGAUCGAGUAUGUGCCCUACUACCUCCAGCCGCCGUCGCAGCCCGCGGGCGAGGGAACUCCCGCUUUUCCCGUUGCCUCGCGCAAUCGCCGGGAGGUGUAUGCGGACAAGUUUGGGCCCGAGCGGGCCAAGCAGGUCGAAGCCAUGCUGAUUGACACUGCCGCCAAGGAGGGACUCACGUUCAAGUGGGGCGGCAAGACGGGGCCGAGCAGGAAUGGACACCGGCUCGUGCGCUUCGCCCAGCAAAGGGCCGGUCAGGAGGGGCAGAACAAGGUUCUCUAUGGCCUCUGGCGGCGGUACUACGAGGAGGAGAUCGACAUCACCGAGCUCGACGUCCUCGUCGAGACUGGCGUCGAGGCCGACGUGGGCACCAAGGAGGAGGUGCGGGAGUACCUCGAGAGCGGCAAGGACGCUGCGCUCAUCGACGACGUGGCAGUGCAACAGCGCAUGAAGGGCAUCUCGGGCGUGCCAAACUAUGUGCUCCAGGACCGGUUCGAGGUGCCAGGGGCGCAGGACCCAGACGUGUUCCUGAGCCUGUUCAAGAAGAUCAAGGAGCUGUGAUCCCUCCUUUACUCCCUAGAGUCGCCCUUAUUUAGCAACAAUGGAAAAAUAUCUGUCCU